GAUUGUCCCAAUGUAAUCGUAUAUCCCUAAAUGUACGCAACAAACGUGGUCAUGAGAAACUUACAGUGAAGAUUGUCACCGGAAUCCGCAUCAAAACUGUUUCUCUCAUUCAUACAUGGCCUGGAGUACGUACUUGGGUCCUUGCUCUAUGGAUGGUUUGCACCACUCGGCCGGGAUGCUCUGAGCUCACUGAUCAUCUACGCGGCACGAUAAUCUAUCGACGACUUGGUGUGGCAAAAAGUACGGAAUGGGAGUAAAUCUGUUGCCUGCACGUUUGAGCAGGCAAGUCAUGUAUGACUACCUCCUAAUUUUCACCUUUCUGCUCUUGUUGAUGCAUGUGACUUACAUACUGACACCCGACUGUGUAGAAGAACAUGGCAAUGUGUUUGAAAGCACACAAGAUUCGUCCGCAGAGAAACAAAGGUACAUUAUCCUUGGAAAUGAGAACCAUCUUGAUGAGCCAAAACUGCAAACCUUGGGAGGCCAAAAUGUUUAUUACACAACGAUUGGAGCUGGGAAAGAAAAACCUCUCCCACACCAAGAGGGCAGGGGACAAGAUGACAAACGGAGUCUGAAGAUGCCAAGGAAAAUAACAAAUGAACUCAGCAAGACCAAGUUGGCUUCACAAAAUGCGCCGAGACAAAGAAAUCGCACUGUAAAACACAGUCCAAUUCUUCCUCAUAACAAGAGCAGCAGUUUAAAAGCUGGAGGUAAACGCAAUUUUAUGCCAAGCAUGCAAAACAAUAGCAAAAUGAAAUCCUUCAAAUUUAGUGAUGAAAGUAUAAACAAGACGAACAAAAUUCCAGCGCGCUGCCAGAAGAAAAUACUCAUAUACGGUGGGAUCAAAGUAGUACGACAGUGGAUAGAACUCCAGGUCUUGGUUGCUGCGCUACAACUCCAAGACAACGGCGAUUGGUCCACUGAGGUGUCAUGUGACCAGUGCACAGCGCAACUAAUUCUCAGCAACAACAUGGAGAGUUUACAAGGCAAAGACGCUAUUGUAUUCGGCAUGUCUCCGUACUCACUGAAAGUGAAGAUGGCAACUUUUCGCAGUUACGACUUCCAUUCCAGCCAGUUGCUGGUUUUCUACGGGGCGGAGACGCCACUCCGGAUGCGGAAGUGGGUCCCCGAUGUUGGUAAUUUGCCAGUCGACGUGGUGUGGUCGUACGGCCAAACUUCGGAUAUACACAUCCCGUACGGUUACUAUCAAGCCGGACAUCCGAUGGAUGCAACUCGCAAGAGCCUACCAGCCAGGACGCAAGGGAAACGUAAGCUUGUUGCGUGGAUGGGAAGCAAUUGCGUCAAGGAGGUUUUCUGGCCCAGAAUGAACUUUGUUCGUAAACUUCAGGCCCAUGUGCCAGUGGACAUCUACGGGAAAUGCGGCAAUUUGACCUGCCUACCCAGAUUGUCGUCAAAAUGCAAGGAUCUCAUGAACCAAUAUAAGUUCUACCUCUCCUUAGAGAAUGCUGAGUGCGACGAUUAUGCGACCGAAAAGUUUUGGGAAACUGCGUUAGUGCACGGGGUUGUUCCUGUCGUGUAUGGAGCGCCGAAGAGGUAUUACAUUCAAAAUGCUCCCCCAAACUCCUUUAUCUAUGCUGGUGACUACAGGACUGUGAAACAAUUGGCUGGUUACUUGAUUAGCCUUGACCGCAGCCCGCAAAAGUACGCCGAGUACUUGGAGUGGCGCUACAGUGGCUCCGUUAAACAGAAUUUCCCGAAUUUGAAGCUGGCGCAUUUUUGUGGUAUUCUGCCGCACAUAGGCAGUAGGGGAAACGGUCAUGCCCAGCGCAGAAACCUCGCAGAAACAACGUGGUUCAACUCGUGCCGAAAAAUGCGGAGAGGUGACAAGGCGUUCCGCCCCGCCGACAUCAAUGCCACAAACUGGGUACCGUGGUGACAGCAGACCCUCGAUUCUUAAUGAGUCCAUUAGCCUUUUAGAGGUAUGGCGGACCUAAUGGGAGGGUACUAUUUGGUUUGGGUAAAAUCUUUUGUGUUUGCUCCAAAUUUACCACAUCAAGCAACGCCUUCCUAUGGUGUCCGCCAUACUUCUUAAAGGCUAAUGAUACUUAUGAGUCCAUGAUACUUAAUUUACAACUUUGGGAGGGCGACCAACAGGUAUGCAAAUCCCUUUUAUUCAUCACUUCUUUCGUAUAAGUGAUAUCAGAAUUUAUACAUAUAAUUACGCUACUUAUUCGGCUUUGCUGACUAGUACCAUACAGCCCCUUGAAAUCAAGAUAUUACAAUGCAACGUUAGGAUGAAUUACUAAGUGCAAUACGUGCAAGCGUUGUAAUUAUCUUUUUAAUGCUAUACUGAAGUAGGAAGGAAUACACUCUGGCUCACGACAAGUAAAUUUUAAAAAAAAGUGUGAUAGAUGCAUGGUUGUCAUACGUCAACUCAAUGGCUAUUUCCAUCGGGCACCACAAUUUCAUUCAUAUUAUUUGUAGGCUGGAAAAACCUCCUGGGGAAAAAAGCCUUGCAAAUGAUAAGAAUAACUUGGAAUACUGGAAAGAAGUAUUUGCCUGUCGGACUGCAGAGGGCACAUCCUUGCCACGCCCUGGCUUAAAUUCCAGAGAUAGGUCAGUGCACCUCCGCGACGCGAUAUAUUCCGCAGUAAGAACCUAUUUUCGCUCUCAUUCGCUACCCCACUCGACCGAACACAAUUACAUUUCUUAAUGAGGCCAUGACACUUAAAUUAUAACUUGGGGGGGGGCGACCGACAGGCAUGCAGAGGCAGCAAAGCAGCAAAGGACCGUGUCCAAUAGAACGCCCAAUGUAGCAACUUGUGCCCAAAUUGUCUCAGAUUUAUUUGUGGAUGAAGCGAUCUCUGUUCAAUGUCUUUUUUAGUCUUCUUCAGUAUAAAUCAGAUGGAAACCUUCCCAGGAAGACUUCUCAGUAUGUUUUG